AUGUCGACGACCGCAGGCCGUAAGGACGGAAUGCAGGUCACCUGUGACGGCUGUGGCUCCGAUAUCUCGAACCUAGUGCAGAUAAGAUGUGCGGAGUGUAACGAAUAUGAGCUCUGCGUACCAUGCUUUUCGAAGGGGACUUGCUCUGGGGCUCAUAAACCUUGGCAUGACUACUAUGUCAUAGAGCAAAACGCCUAUCCCAUAUUCGAGCAGGAUUGGGGUGCGGACGAAGAGACUAUGCUUAUCGAAGGGUUGGAGCAAUAUGGUAUUGGUGCCUGGCAGGAUAUUGCUGAGCACAUUGGUAGCCGGACACCAGAGGAAACAGCUGCGCACUACCAGCGUGUCUUUUUGAAUUCAGCAUCGUAUCCGAUUCCGGAUCUCACCAAGAAAUUCAAUAUACCUCCUGAAGAAUUCAUCGAAGCCAGGAAAACAAGGAUAGAGAAGUACCGCCAACAGCAAUCGUUGAUGUCACCCAUCAAACCAAAGGCGCUCGCAUCCGUCCCUACUUGUCAUGAAGUUCAAGGAUACAUGCCCGGACGUCUUGAGUUUGAUGUAGAGACGGAAAAUGAGGCUGAAAUGAGCGUCAAAGAUAUGGUGUUCGACCCUGAAGACACCGAUUUGGAUGUCGAGUUGAAAUUAGCCGUUCUGGAGAUAUAUAAUACCAGGUUGACGCGGCGUGCGGAACGCAAACGAAUUAUGCUGGCCCAUGCCUUGAUGGAAUACAAACGACUGACGAAUCUAGAUAAGAAAAGAUCGAAAGAAGACCGCGAUCUGAUGAUGAGACUCAGGGCCUUUGUGCGUCUUUUGCCACCAAAAGAGUUCGAGGAAUUCACCGAAAGUCUUCUUGCUGAGCAGCAAUACCGCCGGCGGAUUGCUGAGUUGCAGGAGUAUCGGCAAAAUGGAAUAAAAAGUUUAACUGUGGCCGCAAAAUACGAACGAGAUAAGGUGCACCGACUACAAAUAUUAAACCGCCAAUCUCUGAACCCUCCUUCCCGGAACACAUCCGAUGAAAUCCCUCCAACAAUCAAGAUCCGAAAGAGUGGAAGCAACCCGCUAGACGUAUCAAAUGCUCCUGAAAUCGAGUUGUUAACGCCACAGGAAAAGGGUCUUUGUGCUCAACUACGUAUUUUGCCAAGGUCGUUCCUUGCAAUUAAAGAGGUGAUUUUUCAAGAGCUCGUCAAAUCUGCGGGAGUCAUGAAGAAGAAAACAUUGAAGGAGGUACUUCAAAAUGUGGAUGAUAACAAAGUUAACCGAAUUUUUGAUUAUUUCCAGUCGCAAAAUUGGAUUGCUUAG